AAAUGUUGUGUGUGAAUUUAUUCUCCAAAUCCAUUUUAUUUUAUUUGAAACAUUUAGAGAUUGUCAUUAAUGUAUCGGUAAGGUAGAAAACUCUACCGGUGUUCGAACUUAACCUAAAAACCAAAGCAGUGCAAGUCACAAAUGUAAAUGCAAACGUGGAUCUUCAAUGCUUCAAUGUCCCAUCAGUAGGAGUAGUAAUCAGUAGACCAGUGCGAGUCUACAGUAAACAAUAAUUGUAAUAAUCAAAAUGUGGUACUAUAUCGUUUUUAUUUCAAGUUUACUGUACUUAUUAUCAGGAUUGAAAGGAGUUACUUGUCUUUCUCAUUUUGGAGAAGACGAAACUUGUUAUUCCUUCGCAGGAGGUACUGUAUAUCCUUCCAGCCAAAAACAUGCUGGACAUCAAUUACAAACAACGAAAGCAGUUAUUGGAAAACAUGCACCAUUUUGGGAAGGGACUGCAGUCGUCAAUGGAGAAUUUCACGAUAUUAAGUUAUCCGACUUCCAUGGAAAGUACUUGGUAUUUUUCUUCUAUCCACUAGAUUUUACCUUCGUAUGCCCCACUGAAAUAUUGGCAUUCUCUGAUCGAGUGGAAGAAUUCAAAAGACUGAAUACGGAAGUCGUAGCAGCUUCUGUGGACUCUCAUUUUACUCAUCUAGCCUGGAUUAACACACCACGAAAAGAAGGCGGAUUAGACAAAAUAAAAAUCCCCUUGCUUUCAGAUCUCACGCACAAAAUAGCUAAGGAUUAUGGAGUUUAUUUAGAAGAUUUAGGACACACACUUCGUGCGUUGUUUAUUAUUGAUGGCAAGGGUGUUUUGCGACAAAUUACGAUGAAUGAUCUUCCUGUUGGAAGAUCUGUUGAUGAAACAUUGAGAUUAGUUCAAGCAUUCCAGUAUACAGACGAGCAUGGGGAAGUUUGCCCUGCAGGGUGGAAACCUGGCCAGGAUACUAUAAUUCCAAACCCGAUAGAUAAGAAAAAGUUCUUUGCAAAGAACGAGAUCUGAAAUUUGUAUUGUACUUUUAUAUUUUCUACGAAUCAGCGAGAGUGAACCAGUGAACUCUAAAAUAAGAUUAUUUUUUAUAUGUUUCACAUUGGAUAUGCAUAAUUCUUAAUCAAUGACAAUCAUUUACAUUUUGUAAAAAUUGUAUUUAUCUUCCUACAGUUUUAAAACACGUAUUGAGUUUGAUUUGAAAGUGAUUAUUAUUCUUAUUUUGUGAACAAAAUAAAUAAUAAAUUAGAGUAUUUUUAAAAAA